UAACUUUGAAUUAAAGAUAAUUAGAAAUAGUUUACAGAGGUAAGGACAUAUUCUGUUGGCUUUCAACGUCUUUUCGGAUACUGUUAUACCAACACACGGCGUAAUAAGGAUCCCCAAAUAAUCCUUAACUUCCUUUCGAACAGUGGUUAAAAAGGCAAAUAACACACAACACAGCAUAUUCUUUGGGACAAUUUCCUUACAUGAAAACUGUUUACGAGUUGGUCGAAAGCCGCUACGUGUGGCUCUCUCUCGCCGACUCCCCCUCCCUCCUCCGCCGCUUGCAGAAAUUUAUAAAGAACAAAAAAUCCGACUGGGGAGGGGGGUUGAUACGCCGAAGCUGAAAUCGAGAGGCGAACCCAGGAAAGAGGAGUAUUUUGUACACGGGACUUUCCCCCCCUUCGUCCCCAAAAAGGAGGGGGAAAAGUCAAAUUUUAAGAAGAUAAACGAAAAACAACCUUCGAAAAGAGGCGAAGGCGAUUAUCUCUGUGGAUAUAUAUUUUUUAAUUCGUAAAAAAUAUGGCCGAGAACGUUCUGGACUCUGGCCCGCCUUCAGCCAAGAGGCCUAAACUAUCCUCUCCGGCACUUUCUGUCUCCGCCAGCGAUGGAAACGAUUUUGGCUCUCUCUUUGACCUGGAACACGACCUCCCCGAUGAACUUAUUAGCUCCUCGGAGCUGGGCCUGGCCAAUGGUAGCGACCUCAACCAGCUGCACACCAGCCUGGGCCCGGGCUCCAGUUCUGGAGCCAUGGGGUUGGGCAUGGCUGGGGCCGGAGGCCAGGAUGCCGCUGCCAAGCACAAGCAGCUCUCUGAGCUCCUCCGCUCCGGGAACCCCACCUCCGGGGGCCAACAGCAGGGAGGCCCCGGGGCCAACCAGGCCGGGCCAGGGAUGGGGCUCCUCGGCAACAUGAAGAUGUCGCCGGGGCACCCGGGAAUGGGCCCCCAGUCUCAGCAGCAGCACAUGUCCCCACAGCAGUCCAACCUGAUGCAGCAGCAGCAAAUGGCUGGCAUGGUGGGCGGCAUAAACAGAGCCAUGAUGGGCGCCCAGAAGGGCGCCGGACAGCAACAGCAGCAGGGAGUGGGCCCCACGCCCCAGCAGCAGGGCAUGGGGAUGGGGGGGCAGGUGAUGAACGGCUCCCCCAGGAUGGGCUACUCCAACCAGGGCAUGGGCAGCAACAGCAACUUGCUGGCAGAGACGCUUCAGCAGCAGCAGUCAGGAGUGGCCGGCCAGAAUGCACUGAGAGCACAGCAACCCGGAGCACUGAACAAGAUGGGCAUGAUGGGAAACGCGGGCCCCUAUGGAGGCCCGUACGGCCAGUCCGCAGGCCAGGGUCUGGGAGGAGCUGGGCUGGCCCCGCAGCUCCAGAACAAAUCCGGUCUGCCCAACAGCCUGGCUCAGUUCAGCCUGGAGAAGAAGACCCAGCCCAUGCAAGGGAUGGCUGGAAUGACCUCACAGCAGUCCACAGCGGCUUCGUCAGGACAAGUGGGUAUGGUGCCCAACGCUCAGGGUGGCCUGGGUCCGGCUGGUGUGCCCGGGACGUCCCCGGGGGUGGGUGGGGUUGGAGUGCCCCCCACGGCCGACCCGGAGAAGCGCAAGCUGAUCCAGCAGCAGCUGGUGCUCCUGCUGCACGCGCACAAGUGCCAGCGGCGAGAACAGGCCAACGGCGAGAUGCGCCCGUGCAAUCUGCCCCACUGCCGCACCAUGAAGAACGUCCUCAACCACAUGACCCACUGCCAGGCCGGCAAGACCUGCCAGGUGGCGCACUGUGCCUCGUCCAGACAGAUAAUCUCCCACUGGAAGAACUGCACUCGGCACGACUGCCCCGUGUGUUUGCCGCUGAAAAAUGCCGGAGACAAGAGGAAUCAGCAGUCUCUUGUGGGCUCUGCAGGGGUGGGCUUAGGCAGCGGGCUGGGCUCAGUGCCCGGCGGCCAACCCAGUGCCCCCAACCUCAGCACAGCGGGCCAGAUUGACCCCAGCUCCAUCGAGAGGGCCUAUGCCGCCCUGGGCCUCACCUACCAGGGCAACCAGUUGCCCUCUCAGCCCAACCAGCCCUCGUCCAGACCCCUCAAUGCCAUGGGAGGAAACCCAGUGAAUGGAGCAGUGGGGAACCAGUCAGCCAGCCAGCAGGGCAACCUUCUGCAGGACACCAUGAUGCACCUCAACAUGAGCUCUCAGAGCCUGAUGAAUGACAGCACCAUGCCCACAGCAAAUCCGGCCUCCACCGGGGGCAUGAGGAAGGGCUGGCAUGAGGAUAUCACACAGGAUCUGCGCAAUCACCUCGUCCACAAGCUUGUUCAGGCCAUCUUCCCUACACCAGACCCCGCAGCUCUGAAGGACCGGCGGAUGGAGAACCUGGUGGCGUACGCACGCAAGGUGGAGGGGGACAUGUACGAGUCUGCCAACAGCAGGGCUGAGUACUACCAUCUCCUGGCAGAGAAGAUCUAUAAGAUCCAGAAGGAGCUGGAAGAGAAGCGGCGGACGCGUCUGCAGAAGCAGGGCGUGCCCGGAUCUCACCCGAGCAUGGCCCCCAGCGGCCUGCCGCAGGUCCCUCCUGGCAUGGGUCAGCCAGCGCCACCAACGGGACUGCCCCCUAAUGGUCCUUUAUCAGGGCCCAACCAAAUGGUGAACCGGAACCCUGCAGGAAUGCCUCCCUUUAACCAGAUGAGCAUGGGCCCCAGGUCUACCCCGCCGCUGCCGCUCGGCAGCCCCAUGAGCCAGCAGAUGGGAAUGGGAGGAGCGAGAAUGGCUCAGCCCCCCAACGUUUCCCAGCUGCAGAACCAGUACAUGCCUCCAGUGCAGGGCCAGUUCCCUGGCGGCGGUCCAGCUCUCGGCAACGUCAGUGUCAACAUGGGCCAGUCUGGCACUCAGCCUGGCAUGGCUCAGCAGCAGCAGUCUCCGAUGUCCACUCCUCCCUCCAUGCCCGUCAACAGCCCCCUCGGCCAGCCCGGCUCGGUCGGCGCCGGUGGCCCUGGCAGCGUGGGCUCCAUGAUGCCCUCAGGCAUGGGCACGGGCCCCGGCAGCGGAGGCCCUCCUUCCGCCUCCUCCACACCCCCCCAGCAGCAGCAGCAGCAGCCUCUUACUAUGCCACACUGCCCCCCGCCCGUCCGCCAGAACUCCCCCUCACCCGCACGCAGCCAUAGCCGCAGCCCUACCCCACACCUUACCCCGCCUCAGGGGCACCCGGGCUCCCAGACACCGCAGCCCCACACCCCCGGCCUCCCCCCAAUGUCCCAGGGCCCCGGCUCAGACAAGCCUCCGCAGAUGCGCCAGCCGCAGUCAAUGGGAGGGGGACCCGGCUCGGUCGGGUCAGGGACCGGUAUGCCCACCCCCAAUGCCGGACAUGGACCCCAGUUGCCCCGCACUCCACUGUCCCAGAAAGGCUCGCUCCACCUCGACGGGCAGGUAGCCACGCCGGCCUCCGUUAGCAGCACCGAUGCCUCCUCCCAGCAGGCAGACGCGGCGACAUCCGGCCACAACACCAAGAUGGAGGUGAAGCAGCAGGACGAUGACGACGAGGACGACGACGAGGACAUGGCCACGGGAGGCAGGAUCGGAAAACUGGGCAACGUGAAGACUGAGGAGAAACCAGAUAUAAAGAAGGAGGAGCCAUCAAGUGACGGUGGAAAAGGCAGCGCUAUGGAAUCAUCCAUAGCGGAAGACAAGAAGCCGGAAGUGAAGAUAGAACCCAAAGAAGAAGAGGAUGGAUCAGCGACAUCAACCACCAGUUCCUCUCCUGCCGGAGCUCAGAGCAAGAAGAAGAUCUUCAAGCCAGAGGAGUUACGGCAAGCCCUCAUGCCCACACUGGAGUCUUUGUAUCGCCAGGAUCCAGAGUCUCUGCCCUUCCGUCAGCCUGUGGAUCCAGGGUUGCUGGGCAUUCCUGACUACUUCGAUAUUGUGAAGAACCCUGUCGACCUGUCGACCAUCAAGCGAAAGCUGGACACGGGUCAGUACCAGGAGCCCUGGCAGUACGUGGAUGACAUCUGGCUCAUGUUCAACAACGCCUGGCUCUACAACCGCAAGACCUCCCGCGUCUACAAAUACUGCUCCAAGCUGGCCGAGGUCUUCGAGCAGGAGAUCGACCCUGUCAUGCAGGGGCUGGGCUACUGCUGUGGGAGAAAGUUGGAGUUCUCUCCCCAAACUCUAUGCUGCUAUGGCAAGCAGCUCUGCACUAUACCACGAGAUGCUGCUUACUUCAGUUAUCAGAACAGGUACCACUUCUGCGAGAAGUGCUUCAACGAGAUCCAGGGUGACAGUGUGUCCCUGGGGGAUGACCCCACCCAGCCUCAGACGUCCAUCAAUAAAGAACAGUUUGAGAAGAAGAAGAAUGACACACUGGAUCCUGAAAUGUUUUCAACCUGUAUGGAUUGUGGGCGUAAAAUGCAUCAAAUCUGCGUUCUGCACCAUGAUACGAUUUGGCCAUCGGGAUUCGUAUGUAAUGGCUGUCUGAAGAAAUCGAAUAAAACACGGAAGGAGAACAAAUAUGCAGCCAAAAGGCUGCCACAGAAUAAACUCGGCAGCUAUCUGGAGUCGCGGGUGAACGACUACCUGAGACGGACGCCUCAUCCCGAGUCCGGCGACGUCACCAUCCGCGUGGUUCACGUCUCCGACAAGGUCGUGGAGGUCAAACCAGGAAUGAAGUCCAGGUUUGUGGACAGUGGAGAAAUGUCAGAGUCCUUUCCGUACCGGUCCAAAGCUCUGUUUGCGUUUGAGGACAUCGAUGGGGCAGACGUCUGCUUCUUUGGCAUGCAUGUACAGGAGUAUGGCUCGGACGCCCCACCACCCAAUCAGAGGCGAGUUUACAUAUCCUACCUGGACAGUGUCCACUUCUUCCAGCCACGGGUUCUAAGGACUACAGUGUACCACGAGAUCCUCAUCGGGUACUUGGAGUACGUGAGGAAAUUGGGGUAUACCACGGGGCAUAUAUGGGCUUGCCCACCCAGUGAGGGCGAUGACUACAUCUUCCACUGUCACCCUAUGGAUCAGAAGAUCCCUAAGCCCAAGAGACUGCAGGAGUGGUACAAGAAGAUGCUGGACAAGGCCGUGUCUGAGCGGAUCGUGCAUGACUACAAGGACAUCUUCAAACAGGCCACGGAGGACCGCCUGACCAGUGCCAAAGAGUUGCCCUAUUUCGAAGGUGACUUUUGGCCCAACGUCCUGGAGGAGAGCAUCAAGGAGCUUGAACAGGAGGAGGAGGAGAGGAAGAGGGAGGAGAACAGCACUUCCAACGAGAGCGUAGACGCCACUAAAGGUGAUAGCAAGAACGCCAAGAAGAAGAACAACAAGAAGACAAGCAAGAACAAAAGCAGCCUGAGCCGAGCCAACAAGAAGAAACCCGGGAUGCCCAACGUAUCCAACGACCUCUCCCAGAAGCUCUACGCCUGCAUGGAGAAGCACAAAGAGGUGUUCUUCGUGAUCCGGCUGAUCGCCGGACCCACCUGCAACACGUUGCCGCCCAUCUCCGACCCCGACGGGCUGAUGGCGUGCGACCUGAUGGACGGGCGCGACGCCUUCCUGACGAUAGCGCGCGACAAGCACCUGGAGUUCUCCUCGCUGCGGCGCUCCAAGUGGAGCUCCAUGUGCAUGCUGGUGGAGCUGCACAACCAGAGCCAGGACCGAUUCGUCUACACCUGCAACGAGUGCAAGGGCCACGUGGAGACGCGCUACCACUGCACCGUCUGCGAGGACUACGAUCUGUGCAUCGCCUGCUACAACAUAAAGGGCCACGUGCACAAGAUGGAGAAGCUUGGCCUGGGCCUGGACGACGAGAGCAACAAUCAGGCAGCGGCCACCGUGCAGAACCCGGGCGACUCGCGGCGCCUCAGCAUCCAGCGCUGCAUCCAGUCACUGGUGCACGCCUGCCAGUGCCGCAACGCCAACUGCUCGCUGCCCUCGUGCCAGAAGAUGAAGCGCGUGGUGCAACACACCAAGGGGUGCAAGCGCAAGACCAAUGGCGGCUGCCCCAUCUGCAAGCAGCUCAUCGCGCUCUGCUGCUACCACGCCAAGCACUGCCAGGAGAACAAGUGUCCCGUGCCCUUCUGCCUGAACAUCAAGCAGAAGCUGCGCCAGCAACAGCUGCAGCACCGGCUGCAGCAGGCGCAGAUGCUGCGCCGCCGCAUGGCCAGCAUGCAGCGUGCGGGUGCAGGCGCGCUGGCGGCAGCGCCACCGGGGUCCGAGGAGUGCGGUGCACCAGGCACACCCACGCCCAGCACGCAGCCACCUACGCCGCAGACGCCCACAGGACCGGUCACUCCGGGGCCCCAGCCAGGCAUGGGUGGCGGUGGAGGGGGUACUCCACAGCCUCAGAUGCAACCGCAGCAGCAGCAGUCUGGGGUGCCCCAGCACCACCAGAUGCCUGGAUUCCAGCAGAUGCCCGGGGCAGGGGGCAUGAUGAACUCCCCUCAGCAGCAGCAGCAGAUGAUUCAGCAGCAGCAGCAGCCUCCAUCGGUCCAACAGAUGCAGCACCCCAACAACCUCCCCAUGUAUGCUGCCAGGCCCCCGGGCCAAGUGUCCAUGGGAAAGCCAGGGAUGGUUCAGGCGGGGAUGCCCCAGCAGCCCUCCAUGCCCCAGCAGCAGCAGCCGCAGCCCUCGGGGCCACCCCAGGCCGCUCUGGAGGUGGCCCUAAAGAUCCAGCGCGUGGCCGAGACCCAGAGGCAACAUGCCCAGCAGCAGCUUCUGCAGCGGCAGGCCAACCAGGCCGGUAUGAUGUCCCCACACAACCACCAUCAGGCUGGCCAGCCUCAAGGCCAGGUGGGCCACACGGGUGCGGGAAUGGUGGGCGGCCAAGGGAUGCCCCCGCAGGUGGCGGCGGCCGCUGCAGCGGCACAGGCUCGGGCACAGAUGGAGCAACAGCAGCAGGCCAUGGCGGGCACAGGCAUGCCUUCCCAGCAGGGUGGACCUCAGGGCCAGCUCCCACCUCAGAUGCUGCAGCAACAGCAGCAGCAGGGUGGCCCGCAACAACAGUGGAGCGGUCCAGGCAUGCCCGCCCAGCAGAGACCGGGCAUGAUAAACCAGAUGAGUCACGCGGCCAUGCUGGCGGCUCAGCAGGCGGCCCAGCAGCAGCGACAACAGCAACAGCAGAUGGCCACUCAGCAACAACAACAGCAGCAGCAGCAGCAGCAACAGCAGCAGCAGCAGCAGCAGCAGGUGCAACAGCAGCCAGGGCAGCCUGGGCCCAUGGGGAUGAUGGGAGGCCCCGGCGGGCCUGCUGGAGCUGGGCCUGGGCCCGGUCCAGGCAACCUUCCACAGGGAGCCCUCCAGGAUCUUCUUCGAACCCUGCGCUCACCCAGCUCCCCCCUGCAGCAGCAGCAGGUGCUUAACAUCCUGCGCUCCAACCCACAGCUCAUGGCCACCUUCAUCAAGCAGCGGGUGCCCAGGUACCUUGGCCGCGGAGGACCGGGAGGCGGCCCAGGCAUGCCCGGAUCGCCCGGUGGCGGCCCGGCAGUCAUGGACGGCCAGCAAGUCAACGCGAACCCCGGAGCUCCCCAGCCGGGUAUGCACAUGGGCCAGGGAGCAGCCAUAGCCUCUAUGAGUUCUCUGCAGCAACAGCAACAACAACAACAACAACAACAGCAGCAGCAGCAGCAACAACAACAACAACAACAACAACAGCAGCUCCAACAGCGCCCCCUGUUGGCUGGCAACAUACAACAGCAGCAGCAAAUGGCAGCUCUCCAACAACAACAACAACAACAACAGCAGCAGCAGCAUCAACAACAACAAGGAGGCAUGCCAGGCCAAAGCUCCAGCAUGCCGACUAUCUCCCCCCAGUUCAGAGAACUACUGCUAAGGAGGCAACUGCUUCAGCAGCAGCAGCAGCAGCAGCAGCAGCAGCAGCAGCAGCAGCAACAACAACAACAACAGCAGCAGCAAAUGGGCAACCACGCUCAGUUCCAGCAGCCUCUCCCUCAGCAGCAGCAGCAAGGCUACCCCAACCAGCCUGGCCAGCCUCAGCCUGGGGCUCUCCAGCAACAACAGCAGCAGCCACAGGGGGCUCCAGGAGGACAGCAGAGCUACAGCAGCACCAUGUCCCACCAGCAGGUGGCUGCAGCUCUCCAACAGAGGCUCCAGCAUCAGCAACACCAGCUCCAGCUGCAGCAGCAGCAGCAGCAACAACAGCAGCAGCAGCAGAAUGCCAUGGCUGGGCUUCAGGGGCCUGAUGGAGGAGGAGGCGGAGGAGGCCCUGGAGGUGGAGGCCCACAUCCGCAGGCUCAAGUCCAGCAGCAGCAACCCCCACAGGGCGGCCCACAGCAAGCGAUGCACCUCCAGGCCAUCCAGCAGAGGCUGCAGCAGCACCUGGGCGGGGGCUCUCCGGCACAGCAUAGCAAUCCCAUGAGUCCUCAGCAGCAGCAGCAGAUCGCCCAGUCGCCUCACCUGCAGAGCCAGCAACUGCCCACAUCGCUCAGCAACCAGGUGCGCUCGCCGCAGCCCUCGCCACGACCCCAGUCGCAGCCGCCACGCUCCAGCCCGUCCCCUCGCAUGCAGCCGCAACCCUCGCCCCAUCGCAUCUCCCCCCAGACAGGCUCCCCGCACCCCGGACACCUACCCCAGCACCACAACACUGGCAUGGUGCCUCCACCACCCCCUCAACAGCAGCAGCAACAACAGCAGCCUAACGCCAUGGACCAAAGCCCGUUUGGGUCGGAUCAGAACGCCAUGCUGUCCCAGCUAGGGAGCAUGGGGGCACUGCAUGGGCCUGGGGUGAACGACGUGCUGUCCGGUAACAACCAGGAUCUGGGGACUAAUAUGAAUGGCUUAGACAUUAUGUAGCAUUUCCAUGCUAUUGGAAACUGCCACAGGCACCGUAGGGUGAGGGCAGUUUAAGGGUGUCCUAUUAUUAUUUAAUAUUUUUCUGAUAUAAAUGAAAAGAACUGAACUUCCUAUGGGAGAUGCUUCAUUAAAUACACAAGUCGAAAAAUUAAUUAAAUAAAUGAAUGGUAAGUUAUUGCUGUUAAUAUAUAUUUUUGCCAAUUGUGUUCAAAUGGGUAUGGGUGAAAAGGGUUGGGCAAUAUCCUUCCUUAGUAUAUGACACAAGUACUAUUUUUUGGGGUCAAAAUGUCUGCCUUUUUUACAAAUAUUUUUUAAGAUUUUAAAAGUGGCGUAAAAAUUAAAGAGCAAAGUUAGUGAACAUAAUAGCUUUGGGUUUUUUUUCUCUCCAUAAAGCAGUCUUGAUUGUAUUCAUUUUUGCAGUUACUUUUUUUUAUUAUAUUACUCAUCUUCAUUGGUCUAAAUAUCAAGUUUUUUUUCCAUUACACUUUGUGUUUUUUUUGACGGUUUAUGCCAUAUGUAGUUUGAGACUGCUUACAAUUCACAAAGAAUAUAUUUUUGUUAAGGACCGGAAUAAGGCAAGGACAACAAUGAGUUCAUCUUUUCAGUUAACUUUUUUUUUUCUUUUUUUUUUUUUUUUUUCCUUUUUCAUGAGGGGUGUGGGGCUUAUCUAAAACUUUUUGAUAGUGUUGCUAGGGAACUGAUGCUGGGCUGUUGCUGGGAUGCGUGGGAAACGUCAGUCCUCCUACGCGUGUCACUGCUCCCCUGCAUUAGAGCACCCUCUCCCAUGAAUGUGCGCUCCUCUCUCUCUCGCUCUGUCUUUGGCUCUCUCCGUCUCAUCUCUCUCACUAGAACCAUGAAAUUACUGCUGACACUAGGUGCACUGCAGGCCUCAGCGUUUGGCUUUAGAGGAAGGCUUCAGUACAGGACAUUGUGUUGUUGCCUAUCCGAAAAGACCUGGAGAAGGAAGGAAACCGUUUUUUUAAAGGGAGAAAAGGAGGAGGGAGCGUCGCAAGGAAUCAGUCCCUCCACAUCUGGGAGGGUGGAGGGGGAAGGAUUGUCCCGGUCCUAUUUCCCUGCCUCUCUUGGUUUGUUUUGCCAUCUCACUGACUGUGCUCCCUCUCCGCUCUCUCCCUCUCCGCUCUCUUUCUCUCACUCUGUCUCUCUCCUUCUCUCUCCUUCCCCCCGGAAGUAUCGCUCCGACUUCCUCUCCUCUCGUUUUCUCCUGUGUGCUGAGUUUAUGGGAUUUUAAUUUAAUAAUUUUUACUGUACAAAGAAAAACAAACUGUGGACUUUAAUAAUUAAAUACUGUUUUUUUUUUUUUUUUUGUUGUUUUGUUUUGUAAUAAAAUGUAAAUUGAUAAAACAAAAAAUUUGUACAGACUUUCAAAACUGAUGGGUAGGCAAAGAACUAACUUUUUUCUAACAGCGUUUUCCCCUCCGAUUCAUGCUGGUAGGAGCAGCCGAAGUACAGGCAGUUUAGAGGGAAGGGGUUUCACCUGAGAAAUGAAGCAUAGCGUGUUUUUGGAGUGGUCGAGUGUAGGCUGAACAAGCACCAAUGCGCCUUCUCUGUGUACAUUUCAGCACUUGAAAUGAUGACUGGUGCGUAUCCAAUACUCUCUUUCACACAAUAAACACUUAGCUGUUCUCACACACACACACACACACACAGAAAAGAAAAUGUGUUGACAUGCUAUCGUGGAGACCCACAGUGUAUUUCAGGAAUAAGAUGGACUGCUAAUAUAAAUAGAAUCGAAAAUUGGUCGAUUAGUAUUUUUCUCUAAGGGUUGAUGUAGGGUUGGGAAAUAACCACAGCGGAAUCCGUGGCAAUAUGCCUUGAGACUUAUUUUAUAAGAACAUGGAGAAAUAACUCUUGUCUUUUAUAUAUAGAUAUAUUAUUUAAUUUUAUUUUUUGAAAGUUAAAAACUUGAAGCUACGUAAAUUGAUAAAUUAAAUGAUUUUCUCUUUUCUUUUUUUUCAAAGAUGUAUUGGGGAUGCAAGAUGGCACUGCGGUUAUACAGUAUACGUCCCAUUUGGGGAUUGCUGAGAAAUUAUCAUGCCAUUUGAAGAAAUGUCUUAUACUUACAUAUAUAAAAACAUAUAGAUACUGAAUCACUGUACAAACCAUGGCAACUGAACAGUUUAUUUUUUGGUUUGUUAUUUUCCUUCUUUUUGUUCUAUUUUUCAAAGGAGAGACUGGAAAAAAGACCAUGUGCUAUUUGUUUAGUGUUCAAAACAUUUUUGACCACUUUCUUUUUUUUUUUUUCUCCCCUUGUUGACACAUUAUGGUGCUUGCUGAGCAGAAGCGAAAAAGAACUAAUUAACUGUUGCUCCAGUGUCAGUAGUUAUUCUUUUUUAAGUUAUUUUGGUGGUCAGAUUUCUUUGCCAAUUAUUUAAUUGUACAUUAAAGUAUGUUUGUACCAUUGGAAAAUA